CUAUCCUUUCCUUGCGACCUGGACAUGGAUCGCCUCCUCACCAAAACUCCAAAACCCACUCGGUCACGUAUAAGACGCCUGCAACUGCAGUCCCAUCCAUUUCACAUUCAGAGCUGGCUCGGAUUUAAUCUGCGGUCUCGAUGGAUUCAACUCUGCCGUGCCGCCUCCUUCCUCUUCCAUCGGUGCAGCGCCACCAUGACUGCCCAGGAAGCAGAUGGCCGGGGCGUGUCAAGACGGGCAGAGCAGGAAGGAAUUCCGGCAAAUUCUGCGCGAGAGGGCUGUUCGGCAGCGGCGGCGGCGGCGACGGGCUCCGGACCGUGAUGAGGAUGGUGAAGCUGAACUCGGCCAUCCAGAACCGGAGCGUCAGGGAGCUGCUCGAGCUCAUCGGCGACGAGUGCCUCUACUUCCUCAGCAACCUCCGGUCCAUCGAUGUCUCGCAGCUGGGCAAGGACAUGUUCCUGCUUCUCCACGCGCUGAUGGUCCGGCACCACGUGUCGUUCGUGCUCAAGCCGACGCCGGACGAAACGGGCUUCGACCUGGGUGUCAAAUGGUCUCUAGAAUGGAAGGGGCAGAAGCUGCCAUGGGACCUGGACUGCAACGUCUCCACCACGCACGUCUACAGGGGCCUCCUGCUCAUCAGCCAAGUGAACAAGACCUGCGUGCCACUCCUCCAGAGGAUUCUUGGGAUCAUCCAGCAGAAUUUGGAUGCAGUGAUUUUGACUAUUGUGAACAAGGUCCUGCCUGAAGGUACUCUUGACGAGAAAAAGACCAGCACGAUAAUUUUCUGCGUCAUCAUUGGUCUGGUGGUCAUGUUACUGUUCUACGCCCUGUUCAAGAACUUGUAGGCUCAGGAGAGCAAGACACAGUUAUCCACUGUUGUACAGCUAGCAGAGCUUCUUGUAAAUCAUCAGCACAUCACGCAGAAACAGAAACACCAAAUUCUGGACAUAGCCAACCAUCGUGCGGCGGUUGUUGGAUGUAAACUGCAACUAGUGCUGAUGCACAAGAUGGAUGUGAUAAAGGAUUACCAAUGAA